CCUCAAGUACCUAACGGUUAGGUAGGUGUAGGUCUCCUCUGUUCUUUCCGUACCUAUUGACGACCUCCACGCAGGUGCUGGUGUGGAUUGGCAUGUAAGUCGCGUUAGGCGCCGAGAAAAUGUAUCCGAUUACAACCGAUUUUGUCAAUGUAGAAUUCGUCUUGCAACGCCCUGCGCGCAACUCUGCUAUUUUAACACCAUGAGCCCACCAGAGAAACGGCGGGGCAAUUCCCAUUCAAUCCGCCCUUCAGCCUCGUCACGAAACAGCAUAAUCUCCCCUCCUCCUCGUGCACAGCUCACCCGCGCAGCUUCUACCUCAUCUUCGCCCGGUCCGGAUAACGAAAGUACCCAUGAUGUCACGAGUUCGGGAAGCAAAGAUAAUAGUGCGUCGUUGGCCUCUAAGGAAAAGGAGAGCAUCAUCCUUAAGGAGAAAGACGAUAAGAUUGCCGAAUUGAACCGGGAACUUACUGUUAUGGAAGCUGAGUUCACGCGCGAAUUGGAUAUACUAUCUCAAAAAGAAGGCGAGACGGCUAGUUUCUGGCAAGCGAAGUAUUCGGACUUAAACCGGCAGCUCACACGAGUCGAAUCCGAGCUCCGAUUGCUGCGUGCCGAGGUCGAUGUAAAAGAGGCAGAGCGAGCUGAGUUACGCGAAGGAUGGGAUCUUUUGCGAAGGGAAAUAAAGGAGCGUGACGACGAGAUACGAGCUUUAAAGGGCCAUAUUGCUGGACUCAAACAGUGGGUCAGCACCAAUACGGCGAGAGGCCAUCAGACGACCGACGAAGAGUUCGGGGACUCUAUGACGAAACUUGGGAACGGCUUGCAAAAUUGGGUUAUCGUGCAUUUCAGACGAGCAAAACUUGAUUUUACGCAUGCCGAUGAUGCUGUAAUCCACGAUCUUGCAGAACUUGUUCCUAUGUAUGAGCAACUUGCAGCAUCGGCGAAGGUACAUCUUCUUCAAAACGUGGUAUCCAGCAUCUUGGUGGAGACCGUCUUCGAAGCCUAUUUUGUUGGUCUUCCCGAAGAUCAAACUCGCCAAUUAACCCAGAUAGAGAAGUAUCUUGGGUCGAUUAGCUCAAUCGAAGCUGUGAACCAAUGGCGUGCGACAACACUCACCAUACUCCGAAAGGAGACCACCCCGCGGAUGCAGGAAGAAACGACGCUAGUGAUCGAAUCCGUUAUUUCAAGGGUCAAUCACAUUUUAGAUGCAAUUACAGAUGCCAGCGCAACGGAAGUUCGGGAUACUGCGCUUCGCGCGCUGGUGCACAGCUCGGUGGAACUAGCACGCUUAUUGGUAGUGCAAAAAGCUACAUUCAAAGUUUACAUGCCCAAGAUCUUCCCUCACCAAAGGAUCUUAUUUGAGACAUCUACUAUGGAGGACAUCGGGGCUGAAGACGAAGAGGAUUUAGCUGGACGCGAAAUAUGCUGUGUGACCUUCCCCGGAAUCACCAAGACGGGGGAUGAGAACGGCGACCACCCGCAUUUCAAGAAUGUCGUGGCAAAAGCUAGGGUCCUUUGCGAUCCCGAAUGAAGCGAGCUACCUCACACACACUAUGACCUGAAACCGAGAAA